AAGAAUUUAUUAUCGUGCGAUUCGUAGUUUCUUAAUAACAGAGAUAAAAAGUACUGAAAUUGUAAUAUGUAAUAUUUUACCGUUAAAGUCGAUGUGUAAUAUUGCUUUUUGAUUAAUUUGAAUAAUUAUACGAUCAAAGAAUUAAUUCAGUGUCAAUAUCAUGUUAUCCAUAAAAACUACGUUUGAGAGUGUGCAUAAGCGACAAAUUCUUUCAUCUGACAUUGAUUACUAUGAUAGAUAUGUAUGUACUAGUUCUGCUGAUGGAGUUAUUCAAAUCAUUGAUACUGUUAAAUCAAAUCAAAGCUCUUCGAAAGAAUUGCGAGAACAUGUUGGCCCUGUAUGGCAAGUUAAGUUUUCCCACCCGAAGUAUGGAUUUUUAGCUUCAUGUGGAUCUGAUAGUAAAUUAAUCCUACAUAAAACUAACAAAAUUAACGAAUGGGAAAUUGUUUAUAAAUAUGAUGGACAUAAAUCAUCUACUACGUCUAUAGAUUGGGCGCCCCAUAAAUCUGGUGCUAUAAUUGCCUGUUCUAGUGCUGAUGGUACUAUUUCAAUACAUACUCAAAAUAAUGAAGAUUGGUCUGUAUCAAAAAUUCCUAACGCACAUAUAAAUGGUGUUAAUAGUAUCAGUUGGUCAUCUCAAUUAAUAAAUAAUCAUUUGUCAUUAGUCAGUGGAGGAAAUGAUUGCAAGAUUAAAAUAUGGCAGUAUCAAAAGUGUACGUGGAAUGUUCUACAUAAAACAGACAAUCAGUUGGCCACUAUUAAAGAUGUAAGUUGGUGUCCAACUCCUGGGUUGCAAAAAUAUAUAAUUGCCAGCUGUACAUCUGACGGUAGAGUAGUAAUAUGGGGAAGUGAUGAUUGUUGCGAUUGGACACAAACUGAGAUUGAUGCUACUGAAAAACAAAAACAGAAAAUAAGUUGGUCAUGUUUUGGAAACAUAUUGGCUGUUUCAAUGGAUAAUUAUUUUGUAACACUUUGGAAACAGGUUGAUAAACAAAACUGGUUGUGUUUAGAUAGGAAAAUAAUAAAUAAACCGCUGAAUUCAGAAUGUCAAAGCAAAAAUAUUAAUAAUCAAGAUAUAUUUGCUUCAAUUAUUUAA